AUGCCAUCCCAUAGCAUUUCAUCUUCUUCCGUUAGCUAUACUGACAGUAAUGAGAUAUACAGCACCAGCGAGGCCGACUAUGAUACUUCCACAGACGAAGAGGGAGUUGCCGAAAUUCCUUCCUGUGCUUCAAACAAUUUUGAUGCGGACAAUUCUGCGUCGGGAUCACACACGGGAAAAAUACAAGAAACCUCUUUGCAUCAAGAUCACACGGCAUAUCCAGCGGAAAAGGACAAAGCUUCGGGGACUCCAAAAGCGAAACGGUCCCUAAUUAGGCUCAAAGACAAGCAAACAAAAAAAAUGAUGAGAUUGGUAACAAAGACAAGAAAUUGGUUCGACGGCGUUCCAACGGAAAAAUUAAACCGCCCAGCCAAUUUUAACGCAUAUGUUCUUUCGUCCACGCUUUCUUUUCAGCAGCUAUCAGACCUCAGCACCAUGGCGGGGUCUUCUACUUGCUCCCAUAAGCUAACGUCUGCCUCGUUUUCGGUGCAAGGGGAACCCGAUCAAAGCUCUUUAAACUCUGUUGAACAGGAAAUCGCUGACCGUAGAUGUAUCGAUUGUAUUGGUGGCAAUUCGAGCGAUAGCAAGUUUUGCUCUAACGAGGUGCACUCAACGAAAUACAACCUAUUUACGUUUAUCCCCAAAAACCUGUAUGAACAGUUCCAUCGGCUUGCUAACGUUUAUUUUUUGCUGCUUGUUGUUCUUCAAUUUAUCCCUGCUAUUUCGUCCUACAAUCCACUUUUGUCAGCAGGACCGCUUUUAUUUAUUUUAAUGGCCACCGGUAUUAAGGAUGCAGUCGAGGACUACCGGCGGCAUAAGGCUGAUAGGCUAAUCAACGAGUCAUGGGCCACAAUUUUGGAGCCAAUUUCAUCUGCAGAUCAAAGUGAUCACUUUAAAAAAAGGAAAGUUGCCUGGAAAGACAUCAAAGUGGGUGACGUAAUUUAUCUUCGAUCCGGAGAUUCCAUUCCGGCAGAUUGCGUUGCCCUUUCGUCUUCGUCCCGUUCUGAAAUAUACCUUGACACCAUGAGCUUAGAUGGCGAAACCAAUUUGAAGAUAAAGAGAGCAAUCCCUAUUCAUGAUAGCUUUUCAUUAAAAUCCCUACGGAUCGAAAUCGACCCUCCAAGCCCGCAUUUAUAUUCCUUCAGUGGGAAGGUAUUUUUUGAAAACGAGUGCAACACCAAUGAGGAGGUGCUCUUGACUCAAGAGCAUAUCCUUCUUCGAGGUUGUAUUACCAAAAACACGGAUUGGGUUAUUGGGGUCGUCUUGUACACAGGAUAUGAGACAAAAAUCAUGUUGAACUCGAUAGCGCAUCAAAAGGUGAAUUCGCCCACCAGCUCAGCAGAAGGUUCGCCCUCUAAAAGAUCUACCAUUGAGAGACAGCUAAAUAGACAAAUUUUGCUAAAUUUUCUGCUUUUGCUAAUUUUGUGCCUUGUGUGCAUGUCUGUUGAAUCGUUUUCAAUUACAUCGACAAAGUUGCUACUGGAGACGACAACUCUUUCUUCAGUAGUGGUUUCUUUUUUUUCGUCUUUGAUCCUGUUCCAAACCGUCGUCCCAAUCGCCCUAUACAUCACCGUUGAAAUAUGCAAGACAAUCCAUGCAUUUUUAAUCCAUUCUGAUUUGGCGAUGAAGGACCCCAUUUCUGGAAAGCAGUGUAAUGCGAGGGCGUGGAAUUUAUCUGACGAUCUCGGGCGUGUUCAAUUUAUUUUUUCAGACAAAACGGGAACCCUAACAAAAAACAUCAUGCGAUUUAAAUAUCUGUGGGCAGGAGGCCAAAUUUAUUCGUCAAACGGCGAUGGCUUGCUUUUUUUAAAGAAUGCUCCUUUAGCAUCGAAAGAAUCUGCGAUGCCUUCUGAUUCGCCGCAUUAUCGGCUCAUCAUGCUGUGCAUUGCGCUGUGCCAUUCUGUGUUGCCAUCGGCAAAUGAGGUGCAAUUUUCCCCCCAUUCGUCCUCAGAUACCAUCGCUCUUCAUCCAACUCGCAUUGAGCAGAAAAAAGCUUCCAAUCCUGCGUCGACUGCCUUGGGCCAGACUGUAGAAGAUGUUUUCAUCUAUUCCGGAGAAUCUCCUGACGAAGUUGCGUUGGUUACUGCAUGUGCAGAGAUGGGCUACCAGUUCAAAGGGACAUCGGGUGUAUCUUCACCUUAUUGUGGAGCAGUCUCUAAAACGGCCUCGGUUGCCAUUGUCGAUGGGUUAGAAGAUCUUUUCAAGGAGCAGCCUUCUGCUUCAUCGCCCAAAGUUGGGGAGCAACAAAGUUUCGUUGAAAACUAUGAAGUUAUCUUGACGAUUCCAUUUUCUUCAGAGCGUCAACGCAUGGGUGUUCUUGUGAGGCUCAAAGAAAAAGCCUAUUUUUUCUGCAAAGGAUCUGACUCGGCCAUUAUUGCCUUGUGCCGUAAAGAUGAUGCUUCCGUGCAAAAUUCAUCAAGCAACCUUGCCCAUUGGGCUUCACAAGGAUUGAGGAUUUUGUGUUUUGCAAUGAAAGAGUACGAUGUCCUUUCCGAUGAGUGGAAGAGUCUAAUGAUAAAAUAUGAAGAAGUCAAGAAUGUAAGUGCUAAAAACUCUGCCUGUCGUUCGGAAGAGUUUUAUUCCAAUCUUGAGAGCGGCCUAUGUUUUCUCGGUAUUACUGCCGUUGAAGAUUCGUUGCAAGAUGGUGUUGCGGAUGCAAUUGAAUCAUUCCGGGAGGCUCGUAUUUGUACUUGGGUUCUUACCGGCGAUAAGGCCGAAACUGCAGUCAAUGUUUCCACGUCUGCUGGCCUGAUUACUUCUUCAAUGAAGCUCAUUGAGAUUUUGUUCUMAAAUUUGGAACAGCCCUUGGAAGAAAAGUGCGUAUCUUUACAAGAAGACAAGGACCAACAUGAACUCCAGUUGUCUCGUUCAUCAUCAUCAUCAUCUUCUUCUUCUUCAUGUAAUAAAUCUGGGUGUGCCGUAAGAUUUUCGCUUUUGAGGACUCUUGAGGAUUUUUAUUCCAAUUCCAAAGAGAACAUGUCAAUGGCGGAGGGAACUCUUUUUUCUCCAAAUCCCGUUACAGCCACUCCGGUUUCGCCGUUAAUUCAGUCACAUACUACAAGCCCUUUCUCGUAUUUUUCUAACAUAGCCAGCCCGAUGCAAAACAUGAAAAGCCCCAACUCAUUGCUACCUAACAGCCCGAAAUCGAUUCUUUCAACACAUUACCAAGGUGCUGCUUUGGUAGUCGAUGGGAUGACGCUGAAAUAUAUCCUUGACUCUCCAGAUGACACACUCAAGCUGCUGUUUUUAUCUGUUGCCUUAAGAUGUUCCUCAGUUAUCUGCAGUAGAGUGGCCCCUCUGCAAAAGGCCAUGAUUGUGGGGUUGGUCAAGGAAUAUCUAUCCACAGCGGUGUGCUUAUCCAUUGGAGAUGGGGCAAAUGAUGUAUCAAUGCUUCGUAAAGCCGACAUUGGUAUUGGCAUCUCCACGGGAAAAGAGGGCUGUCAAGCCGUAAUGGCUGCAGAUUAUUCUAUUUCACAGUUUUCUCACCUUAAGCGGUUGUUACUUGUUCAUGGGAGGUGGUCGUAUCAUCGUAUUUCCUCGGCAACCCUAAGCUGUUUUUACAAAAACAUUGCAUUUGUGUUUGUUCUUUUCUGGUACCAAUUUGAUUGUGCCUUUUCGUCCCAAUUUAUUUAUGACUAUGCCUUUCUUCUGUUUUAUAAUUUUCUGUUUUCUAUUCUUCCUGUGCUGUCGCUGGGUAUCUUUGACAGAGAUAUCGAAAGUAAUAUUGCAAUGCUUUUCCCCUGCAUGUAUACCGGGGGAAAUAAGGUGCCAAAAUGUGUUCAAUCCCAUCCUCACUCUCAUUUUUCGACCGGAAAAUCAGAGCUAGCGUUUGACCCUAUUUUCCAGCCUGUUUUUGAUUGCCGUCUCCGAGGGGGUCUACCAGUCGCUGGUGUGUUACUUGAUUCCGCGUUUUGUCUACUCGGGCGGCCCGCUAAAUACGCUAUUUAUGCAUUCGUCUUGGACGCUAGAUUGGAUUCCAGUGCCUGA